UACAACAGUUCCAAUCAACCUCGCAGUGCAGAACUAGAAACACACCAAAGGGUAGGAGAAACUUAACCACUCCUAACUCGAUUGAUAUAACAACUCUGCACCAUGUCUGACUGCAAGAAGGUUUGCAUCGUUGGAUCCGGUAACUGGGGAUCUGCUGUUGCCAUAAUUAUUGGCAAAAACAUUGCAAAGUUAAAGCAAUUCAACCCUAUUGUUAAAAUGUGGGUCUAUGAAGAGGUAAUAAAUGGAAGAAAACUCUCAGAAAUAAUAAACACAGAACAUGAGAAUGUAAAGUACUUGCCGGGUCACAAGCUUCCAGAAAAUGUGGUGGCUGUACCGGAUAUUGUGGAAGCAUCAGAUGGGGCAGAUAUAUUUGUCUUUGUUUUACCCCAUCAGUUUAUUGGAAAGCUUUGUGAUCAAAUAAAACAUAAGAUGAAGCCUGAUGCAAUUGGAAUCUCGCUGAUAAAGGGUAUUGAUGAAGAUUCCAAUGGUCUUAAGUUAAUAUCACAUAUAAUUCAUCAGAAACUUGGUAUUGAAAUGUCUGUACUGAUGGGUGCCAACAUUGCUAGUGAAGUGGCAGAUGAAAAAUUCUGUGAGACAACAAUUGGAUCCAGAAAUAAAACUCAUGGAAAGAUCUUUAAGGAGCUGAUGCAGACCCCAAAUUUCAGAAUUACUGUGGUAGAGGAAUGUGACACGGUGGAAAUAUGUGGUGCACUGAAGAAUAUCGUGGCUGUUGGUGCUGGCUUCUGUGAUGGGCUAUCCUGUGGCGAUAAUACUAAAGCUGCUGUUAUUCGUUUGGGAUUGAUGGAAAUGUUAGCUUUUGCCAAGUUAUUCUGUGAGGGAUCAGUUACAUCAUCCACCUUCCUGGAGAGUUGUGGUGUAGCAGAUCUUGUUACAACUUGUUAUGGAGGCCGCAACAGAAGAGUAGCAGAAGCCUUUGUGAAAACUGGCAAAUCUAUUGAAGUAUUGGAGUGUGAGAUGCUGAAUGGGCAGAAGUUGCAAGGUCCUCAGACUUCUGAAGCUGUUUACAAAGUGCUCAAGCGGAAGAACUUGGUUGACAAAUUUCCACUCUUUGUUGCGGUUUUCCAAAUCUGUUAUGAAGGCAGGCCAGUCAGAGACUUCAUCACGUGCCUACAGAAUCAUCCAGAACAUUUGUAACUUGGAUGGAUACCUGCAAAUCCAUGUUUAUUCAGUCAAUAUUUCAUUUUUACAGGCAGAGUACACUACUGUGUAAGUCCUAUUUUAAUAUCCUUUUAAUAGGAUGCUUUCAAUGGUGAGAAGUAUCAAUGAAAAUUUAACACCAUUUCUAUAAUCUGCCUUUUUAACCAGUCAAAUUUAGCUUUUCGCGUUCUUCAGAAAAUUGUCUCUAAAAUGCUUUUUUUAUUAUUAACAUCUUCAAUCAUUCCCUACUUUUUCCAAUAUAACUUGAUAGUGAACUGCUUCUGUUGGCUUUGUUUUUUUAUUACCAAGUUGUAGAUCAUGCAGAAAGUGUUGGUUAAUAAAAAAUUCUGAUCUAUUUCAUUCAGAAGCAUCUAUUUUGUAUGUUAGAAAAGUGACGAAGUGGCUGAAACAUGAUCACAUUCAUAUAAUUUGGUAACUAAAGCUAAUGUUUACAUAUAAAAUGAAAAUUUCUAUAUUCAAAAACGAGUGUAAUUAUAUUGAAAAAAUUUACAUUUUUGUUUUCACAUAAAUGAAACAAUGGUAUUUUUAAAAACACAUUGUAACUACAGUUUUUAAAGGAACUCGUAUUCAAUGCACAAAUCACUGCCUUGUUUUUUUUUAAAAAUAGGUUUUCUUAGUGCUUUAAUACAACAAUCCAGUGCAAGUUAGAUGGGAAUCAAAACCAUCACUUUGUAUUUUAUAUUAUUUCAAUCAAUAAAGUGUGAAAUAAAAAUGG